AGAAAGAGCAGAUCAAGCCAGUGGUUGCAGGGAAAGUCUAGCCUGGUCUCAUCCCCAGGGAUCUCGAGAGCAUGACUCACACCCCACAGUUAUCCCACUGGCGGCGAGGCGGGCCAUGCUGACUGUUAUGCUUUGGUGCCAGUCAGUGUGUCUGAGUGUGUCCUGGGUGAGGAGGUUCUCGUGGCCUCGAGCAGGCCUUGGAGAAGAGGGCCACUGAGAGCCGUCAUAUUCAACUCCCACCAUGGCUGGAGGAGGAGAUCCGGGUGGAUCAGCAUCCCAACAGUGAUAUAAGAGGGUGGCCUUCGAAUGCUCCUCUCCACAUGGAAAUGAUCAUUGGUGGGACCUAACCGAGUUUCUGUAACUAAUGUCUUCAGUUCAUUUUUCAAAAACUCUUCUAGACCAUUUUCCUUCUCCUUGGCUCCUGUUGUGUCCCUGCCAGCCAGAACUCAGGAAAAUCUCUCUUUUAGAGAUUCUAAGAAGUUCCUGCAAUGGUUACACAGUCCAUGUCACACAGGGAGGAUCCAGGUCUCAGGGGGCCUUAGAUUCAUUCUAUUCUGGAAGCCCCCUUUAGGAGAAAGGAUACGAAAUUACUAAUGCAAACUGCCCACAGGACUGGGAGGGAUCUGGGCAAAAGAAGGGCCUUGAAGGACACGAGUGUCACUAGAUACACCAUAAAUCUACACCUGCCUGCGUUAAUUUUUGCCUUAUCCACAGAAUACUGUACUAUUAUUUAAAAACAAAUACACCUAACACCUUAAAUAAUAAUAAGGAUGAUGAAAUCACAAUUUGAUGUACUAGGUACAUGUAUUUUGAAUAAUCUUAAAAUAAACCCCUAAGCCCAAAAAAGAUGUUCCAUCUAAAAUUAUCUCAUGUUCACUCAAGGGCACAGGUGCCUCCCGCUGAUAAGGCGUGGUAGCAAACUGUGUGGGAAGCUUCCUUCUCUGCCGUAGGCUUGUUCUUACAGGAAGGAAAGGGAAAGGCCAUGGGGAGGGAGCCUAGGUGAAGCUCCUGAAAUAGAAUCUCACUCAGGUCCAGCAUGCAAAUAACUUUUAUACAAUUAACUCAGCACAUGUGCAUACCAGUCCCUGGGGGGCCAUAGAAGCAGGCAGAGCAGCUCUCUCGGCUUUCGGCUCGGAGGAGGCCAAGGUGCAACUUUCUUCGGUCGUCCUGAAUCCAGGUUCAUCCGACACCAGCCGCCUCCACCAUGCUGCCGAAGUUCGACCCCAACGAGAUCAAAGUCGUAUACCUGAGGUGCACCGGAGGUGAAGUCGGUGCCACUUCUGCCCUGGCCCCCAAGAUCGGCCCCCUGGGUCUGUCUCCAAAAAAGGUUGGUGAUGACAUUGCCAAGGCAAUGGGUGACUGGAAGGGCCUGAGGAUUACAGUGAAACUAACCAUUCAGAACAGACAGGCCCAGAUUGAGGUGGUGCCUUCUGCCUCUGCCAUGAUCAUCAAAGCCCUCAAGGAACCACCAAGAGACAGAAAGAAACAGAAAAACAUUAAACACAGUGGGAGUAUCACUUUUGAUGAGAUCGUCAACAUUGCUCGACAGAUGCGGCACCAAUCCUUAGCCAGAGAACUCUCUGGAACCACUAAAGAGAUCCUGGGGACUGCCCAGUCUGUGGGCUGUAAUGUUGAUGGCCGCCACCCUCAUGCCAUCAUAGAUGACAUCAACAGUGGUGCUGUAGAAUGCCCAGCUAGUUAAGCACAAAGGAAAAUAUUUCAAUAAAGGAUCAU